CAAUGUACCGAAGACGUUUUUACGACAGAAAACUGCAGUUUAUUUGACUGCCAAAAAUUCAGCUUUUAUUUUGAAAAACAUCAAAGCGGAACUAACAGCACGGUGAUCACGAGAACGAAAGCGAUGUCUCGGGCUGGUAGGCCGCCCUUCCUCUUCCUCCUCCUCCUCCUCUUCAUGUGUCUCCUCAUGCUAUCGCCUCUGUGUGGCUGUCAUCCUCAGUCUCCUGCGUCCAUCAGGUCAACACUGAGGACUGAAUCCAAUCAUACUGCCAGGGGAGGCUCAACAACAGCGGCGGAGGUAGCAGGCUACGCUGAUGUGGCCAAACAGAUUAUUGACCUGGCUGUGUUUGGAGCCGCCCAGAACCGCUCCUACACUCGGCUGGCCCGCUUCACAGACACCAUAGGGAACCGUGUCAGUGGCUCACACAGCCUGGAGAUGGCUAUCAAAUACAUGUACAACGCUAUGGCACAGGAGGGAUUGGACGUACACUUGGAGCCUGUCAAAAUCCCGCAUUGGGUGAGAGGGAAGGAGAGUGCAGAAAUGAUUGCACCCAGGGCCGAAAGUCUGGCUAUGCUGGGACUGGGUGGCAGUGUAGGGACACCACCUGAGGGUAUCGAGGCAGAGGUGUUGGUGGUUCAGUCUUUUGCUGAGCUGAAGCACAGAGCCAGCGAGGCCAUGGCGAAGAUUGUGGUAUUUAACCAACCGUUUGUCAGCUACGGGGAGACGGUGGCUUACCGUGCUAAUGGGGCCUCUGAAGCAGCCAAAGUGGGAGCUGUGGCCACACUCAUUCGAUCUAUUACUCCAUUCUCUAUUAACAGUCCCCACACAGGUUUGCAGUACUACCAAGAUGGAGUGAAGCGCAUCCCUUCGGCCUGUAUCACUGUGGAGGAUGCUGAGCUGAUGUGGCGCAUGGCACAGAAAGGGCAGAGGAUCGUGGUCCGACUCACCAUGGCAGCCAAGACUCUACCAGAUGCUGACUCCUUCAACACCGUGGCUGAGAUUAGAGGCUGGCAACACCCCGAGCAGGUCGUCUUACUGAGCGGCCAUUUGGACAGUUGGGAUGUGGGCCAAGGCGCCAUGGAUGACGGAGGUGGUGUCAUGAUUUCCUGGGAGGUCUUGUCACUCAUCAAAGACUUGGGUUUGCGUCCCAGGAGGACCCUGCGGACUGUGCUGUGGACGGCUGAGGAGCAAGGGGGGGUGGGAGCACGGCAGUACUAUGAUCAACACAAGGUUAACAUGUCCAACUUUGACCUGGUCAUGGAGUCUGACUUGGGGACAUUUACCCCGCUGGCUCUGCAGUUUACUGGCAGUGAUGCAGCGCAAAAGGUCAUGGCAGAAGUGGUCAAACUUUUGGCUCCCAUUAAUACGACCAAACUGGAGACACACGGAGAAGGGACAGACAUCUCACCGUGGAUGCAGGCAGGAGUACCAGGAGCCAGCCUGCAUGUGGCAGACAGUCGAUAUUUUUGGUUCCACCACAGCGAAGGUGAUACCAUGACGGUUCAAGAUCCUCGAGACAUGAACCUCUGCUCAGCAUUGUGGGCUGUGGUCGCCUACGUCGUGGCAGACCUGCAGGACAUGUUGCCCAGGUAGCCGGUUGGCUCAACGAAUGCUGCGCAAACAGGAAAACGGGUU